AUGUUCAAAUCAAUCAUCCUUACCGCCCUCCUGUUGACCACCUUGGCCGUGGCACGGCCUGCGGCGGACGACGGAGCGGCCACCAUAGUGAAGCAAACCCAGGAGGUCAACCCGGACGGAUCGUUCAGCUAUGCGUUCGAAACGAGCAACGGGAUCCGGGCCAGCGCGUCCAGCCCGGACGGCGGUGCCACCAUCAGCGGGGAGUACUCGUGGACGGGGCCGGACGGGGUGACCUACACGGUGCGGUACUUGGCCGAUGAGACCGGAUUCCACCCGGAGGGGGCGCACAUUCCGAAGUGA